UCCAUCAUGACGUCGUGAAUUAGCUCAAGAUCGUAGAGGGAGAGAGGAAAAAAAGGAGGGGAGUGUGGUGAAUCGGUGUUUCGUCGUGUAUGGGGAUGCGUUUGUAUAUAGUGCAUGUAUGUUUUUUUGUAUGGAUUUUUGCCAUUUCUUACCUUUGCCAUGCGUAAUUGCAAUACACGGAGGGGAUCGGAAUAAGAUACGUUUUUGUUUUUCUAACAGCCUGUUUACGAACGGAGCAGCUUGCACCUUUAUAGCCAUAUAAUUACAGCCAUAAAAGAAUCGUUGCAAAGAUGCAUAUUUUUACCAAAUAAUCCGACCCAGGGCUUUCCCAUCCGGAGGACGCACUGUUAUCUUGACUGGGCUCAUCGAAAGUAAUAGCCAUCACGGAUUCCCUUGUCAACAGCCGACAAGUAACUACCGGCAGCAUACGAUCCAGAGAUGGCACGGCUAUUGUUUCUGAUUGUUCUCUAUGCUCUUCCAUCUCCUGUUGUGCCCAUACAUAAUUCAUCAACUGGAGGCUGUGCAAUCAUCCGGCCUCCCAGGGAUGGAGGGAUCCGCUACAGAGGUCUGACACAAGAACAGAUCCGCAGUGUGCAGAUCCUGCCCGUGGACUAUGAGAUCGAGUACAUCUGCAGAGGAAACCGGGUGAUCGUGGGACCCAAGGUCAGGAAGUGCUUACCCGACGGCACAUGGACGGACAUCACACUGCACAGCAGAUGUUUGCUGCUGUGUCCACGGGUGUGGACCUCUCUGGAAAACGGCCGGGUGUCGGUGAAGCCACCUGGACCUCCAGUGGAGGGGACGGUGCUCCAUUACAGCUGCCACGCCGGCUUCAUCCUGGAGGGCAGAAACAUCAGCCAUUGCACUAAACUGGGCAAGUGGGAUGCGCCCAAACCCACCUGUCUCUAUGACAGAAACUACACAGGAAAGAAGAAGCUGUACAUCGGAGCUCUGUUCCCAAUGAGCGGAGGCUGGCCGGGCGGGCAGGCAUGCAUGCCCUCCGCUCAGAUGGCCCUGGACCUGGUUAACAACAGGAGCGACAUCCUGCCCGACUACGAGCUGGAGCUGAUCCACUACGACAGCAUGUGUGACCCGGGAGAAUCCACCAAGUUGCUGUACGACCUUCUGUACACCGAGCCCAUCAAGAUCGUCCUGAUGCCCGGCUGCAGCGGCGUCUCCACCAUUGUGGCCGAAGCCGCUCGCAUGUGGAACCUCAUAGUGCUCUCCUAUGGAUCCAGCUCGCCGGCCCUGUCCAACCGCCAGAGGUUCCCAACCUUCUUCCGCACCCACCCGUCAGCCACCCUCCACAACCCCACCAGGGUGCAGCUUUUCCAGAAGUGGAAGUGGACACGUAUCGCCACCAUCCAGCAGACCACCGAAGUCUUCACCUCGACUCUGGACGAUCUGGAGCAGAGGACAAAGGAGGCGGGCAUCGAGAUCAGCGUUCGUCAGAGUUUCCUCACCGACCCGGCUGUCGCUGUCAAGAACCUGAAGCGCCAAGAUGCAAGAAUCAUUGUGGGCCUCUUUUAUGAGACCGAAGCCAGGAAAGUGUUUUGUGAGGUGUUCAAGGAGAAGCUCUAUGGGAAGAAGUAUGUGUGGUUCCUGAUCGGCUGGUACGCAGACAACUGGUUCAAGAUCAAAGACCCGGCCAUCAACUGCACGAUUGAGAACAUGACAGAGGCCGUGGAGGGACAUGUGACCACGGAGAUCGUCAUGCUGAAUCCUGAGACCGUCCGCGGCGUCUCCAACAUGACAUCGCAGGAGUUCAUCGCCGCCUUGAUGUCUCGUCUGGGUGGGAUGAACCCCGAGGAGACAGGCGGCUUUCAGGAGGCUCCUCUGGCCUACGACGCAGUUUGGGCUCUGGCCCUCGCCCUCAAUAAGACCGUAGCACCGCUGAAGGCCAAGGGCCGCCGACUUGAGGACUUCAACUAUAACAACCAUGACAUCACCUCCGAGAUCUACAGGGCCCUGAACACCAGCUCCUUUGAAGGGGUCUCGGGCCAAGUGGUGUUUGAUGCUCAGGGCUCCAGGAUGGCAAUGACUCUUAUCGAGCAACUGCAAGGAGGAAGCUACAAGAAGAUCGGUUACUAUGACAGCUCGCAGAAGAACCUCUCCUGGUUUGACAAUGACGUUUGGAUCGGCGCUGGCCCUCCGGCUGAUCGGACCGUGGUGAUUAUAGAGUACCGCUUCUUGUCUCAGAAGCUGUUUGCAGCCGUGUCCGUCUUCGCUGGACUCGGCAUCCUGCUCGGCAUCGUCUGUCUAACCUUCAACAUCUACAACGGCAACGUCCGCUACAUCCAGAACUCCCAGCCGUACCUGAACAACAUGACAGCGGUGGGCUGCAUGAUGGCUCUGGCUGCAGUGUUCCCGCUGGGGAUUGACGGUCACCACGUCCUCCGCUCACAGUUCCCCGUCGUCUGCCAGUUCCGCCUGUGGCUCCUCGGCCUCGGCUUCAGCCUGGCGUACGGCAGCAUGUUCACCAAGAUAUGGUGGGUCCACACCCUCUUCACCAAGAAGGAAGAGAAGAAGGAGAAGAAGAAGCAACACUUGGAGCCAUGGAAACUCUACGCAACAGUUGGAGUGCUGCUGGCUAUCGACUUCCUGUCACUCAUGAUCUGGCAGAUUGUGGAUCCUCUGCAUGUUACCGAUGAGAAGUUCACUAAAGAGGCCCCUAAAGAAGAUAAGGAUGUCCUGAUUCAGCCCUUGUUGGAGCACUGCAGCUCGGAGAAAAUGAACACAUGGCUCGGUGUUGUUUACGGCUACAAGGGUCUGCUGCUGCUUCUAGGAAUUUUUUUGGCUUACGAGACAAAGUCAGUCUCCACUGAGAAGAUCAAUGACCAUCGGGCUGUGGGGAUGGCUAUUUACAACGUCGCUGUGCUGUGUCUGAUCACGGCUCCAGUCACUAUGAUCCUGACUUCACAGCAGGACGCCUCCUUUGCCUUUGCCUCUCUAGCAAUCGUCUUCUCUGCCUACAUCACCCUGGUGGUGCUUUUUGUGCCAAAGAUGCGGCGUCUGAUCACCCGCGGGGAGUGGCAGUCGGAGCAGCAGGACACUCUGAAGACCGGCUCGUCCACCAACAACAACGACGAGGAGAAAUCACGACAGCUGGAGAGAGAGAACAGGGAGCUGCAGAAGAUCAUCCAGGAGAAAGAAGAAAGGGUAUCAGCGCUUCGUAACCAGCUGGCCGAGCGUCAAGCUCUACGCAACCGCCGCCGACCCUCCUCAGGCCAGAACCAAAACCACAACACUCCUCCGCCCUCCUCCCAGCCAGACCCCAAGUCUCUGCUCCCCCCGCCCGGCUACCCCAACCCCACCACGGACAAUCACUCCCUCCCUCCUUCCUUCUCCAACUCCUCCAACCUGUACCCGGCCGACAGCAAGAUGAGCCGCAACCACUGUCACAACAGCCAGAUCCCACUGCUGUACAAGUAG